AAUAGGUCUAUUAUAUCGGACACACGUAGUAGCCUCGUUUUAAUAAUCCGACAACGAAAUUUUUCCCCAGUGCGAGGUAUUUGCAACAGAUAUUUUUACUUUGUUCUUGUAAUCGCAUGUAUUUCGAGUGAAGUAAAAACGUCAAGCAAGGAAAAAAUGAAGCUGUUCCUUUUGCUAAGUUGCUGGUUGACUUUUUCAUUUGCAACUGAACUAGAAUCGCAAGCUAAAUUAUUGGCGUCUAAAACCGUAGAAAAUAAAUAUAUUGUUGAAAAUAGAGAGCUGACUGUUAAAUAUAACAUUUACAAUGUAGGAACGAGUGUUGCAAACCAUGUGACGUUAAUGGAGGAUUCGUUUCCCGUUGCCGACUUUGAAGUAGUUCGUGGACAUUUAUCAGUGGAAUGGAAGAGCAUUCCACCAAAUGGAAAUGUCACUCAUGUUGUCGUAUUAAAGCCACAUAAAAGUGGAUAUUUUAAUUUCACAUCUGCGCAGUUGUCCUACUUGCAAAGUGAUGGGGAAGAUGUUCAGCGUGGAUUCACAUCCUUUCCAGGAGAAGGCUUUGUAAUGACAGAAAUUGAUUUUGCUCGAAAACACUCUCCACAUUUGCUUGAAUGGGCCAUCUUUGCUCUUAUGUGCAUGCCGUCGUUAAUUAUCCCAUUUGGUCUGUGGUACAGAAUUCAGUUGAAAUAUAACACUGUAAAAAACAAGAAAAACUAAAUUGUAGUUAUGGUGUGCAAGAAAGUUUUUUUACGAAACACUUUUUUAUGAAAUAUAUUUGAAGCAAUUGCUUAAAAAGUUGAGCGUUGUUAGCAAAGCAAA